GGCGUGCCACACUCCCACUAGCGAUACCUCCGCUCCCUUCCCCCACAGCUCCAGUCUUCACUCUCUCCAGCAAGCGCUAGCUACUCUCCCCCGUCCCCCACCCGCCGAUAAACCCUAGCUAGCUUCUCCCCGGACCCGCCGGCCUCUCCCCGACGCCGGUGCGCCGGCCGCCAGAUAUCCAGGUUGAUUGGCUGCAGUUCUUCAGAGGCACCAUGCCUGCUGGUGACAACCCACACUCGAUAUCAGAGAAAAAGGCAGCACUGAGGGAGUCACCUAAGCAAUCUAAGAAUGAUGUUAAUCAGCAAGCCAGAGCUUCUACAUUUCCUAAAGACAAAGUUGCUGGGACCGUUGGCAUCAAGAGGCCGCAACCUAACGCCCCCCUGAGCCUAACCACCAACCAGCACGCGCCAGGAAAUCCCGGGGCAAAUGGCCAUCUCGUGUAUGUGCGCAGGAAGCUUGAGACAGACCAAAGCAAAGGAGGCGCUUCUGCUGGUGCAGAGAGUGCCAAUUCUGUGAGCUCAAAGAAACCUGCUACUGGUGGACCGCAGGAGCAAAGUUUGAAGCUUCAGAACAGUGCGACUCAUGCCCAAUCAGCUCCUGUUUCCGUGUCUCCUGCUGCAGCUGCUGCUACCACCAAUGCGUCUCAUACUCCAUCAGCUCCUGUUUCCGCGUCUCCUGCUGCAGCUGCUGCUACCACCAAUGCGUCUCAUACUCCAUCAGCUCCUGUUUCUGCGCCUCCUGCUGCUGCAGCUGCUGCUACUGCCCCUGCUUUGCACCCUGCAAGUUUGCCGGCUCACCUUUCUCUCGCGAAACAGUCUCCAGGAGUGGUCGCUGCUACUGCCCCUUCAUUGCACCCUCCAACUUUGCCAGCUCACCUUUCUCUUGCGAAACAAUCUCCAGGGAAGGCUACUGUCCAUCCAAGUGUUGUUGUGACUGCUAGUCCGCCGCACUGCAGUGUUGUGUCUACUGCCAUGCCUCAGAACUAUACGGCUGUCAAUACAUCGCCUUGUAAUGCUGUGGCUACUAGUGCAGCACCUCGUGAUGCUGUGGCUACUGCUACGACACGUAAUCCAACUGAUUCGCAAAGAUCAGGGGAUCAAGAUUGGAAAGCAAGGUUUCUUCGGCUGCAGGCAUUCCUGAGAAAUAAUGAGCAAUCAGGACAGGAAGAAUACAUCCGCAUGCUCCAGUCUUUGUCAUCUGUUGGCCGGAGCAAGCAUGCCAUUGAGCUGGAGAAACGAGCAGUCAAUCUCUUAAUUGAAGAAGGGAAGGAGCUGCAGAAGAUGAAAUCUCUGAAUGUGCUCGGCAAGCUUCCACCUGCCGAACAUCCAUCACUACCAACUCAGCCAACUUUUGGUAUGCGUCUGCCGUUCCAGCCAUUCCCAGCCCGCCGCUGAGAAGAGCGGAAAAUCAGAUAUGUCACCGCAUAACGAGUGUUCUGAAGCUUUCUCAUGACAAACUCUUGCGACCCGAACGCUGCAACAUGGUCAGCGUGUUUUUGCCUGUGUGAGCAUAAGCUUUUCAUGCGUAUGUCCAAGACUUAAUGCUAGCUGAACAGAGAACCCUCUCAUGGUGCCGAAAGCGCAUAAUAGCCGUGCACCUUGCCUGAACUUUGAUGGAUCUAAUGUAACCAUGAACCCUAUAGGUAGAUAACUGCUGUGAACAUGGGGCAUGUGGUUCACAGACUUCCCUAAUCUCUGACCAGCAUAUUCAACGGUUUGCACUGA